CAUUGAGAUCUGAUGUGUUUUCAAAAUGUUCCUUUAAUUUUUUUUGAACAUUGUAUAUAAAUAUUGUGACAGUGUGGCGAUCUGUCACCCUGGAUUCUCAACAAGGCAGGUUGAGGGGCUCCAGGGUAAAGGUUUGAUAUGGAGGAAAGUGGCUUCUCACUUUCCUCCUUUGUUUGUAAGGUCCAUUUUGGGAUCUGGAGCCUGGAGAUUUCGAAGUGAUUUGGGAGGGAUGAAAUCUCCAAUCCUGGGACCAGGUUUUGGGAAUGGCCAGGAGACUGAUUGCACAGGUGUGUGCAGGCCUUUUCAGAGAGUCAAGACAGGAGGUCACUGCCUGGAAGUCAGGUGGGCUUCACCUAGGAGAGGUGGAAGCCAAAAGCAGCAAGGGGCUGCUAGAGACUAGCUGUGUGCUAGAGGUCAGCGGUGUGCAAGUGCCAUAUUUUUGGGAAGAAGUCUGCAGGAGACAGACAGCAAGCUGAGUGUAAGCCAGGAGGCUGA